GUAAUCUCUCUCUGUCUCUCUCUUCUCUUUCUCUCUUCUUCUCUCUUUCUCUCUCUAAAACUUGUCUAAUGGCAGAGAUCUGCUGCGUCAAAGAGAUCCAAGAAGAAGACGUAGAGAAGAUCCGAUUACCGACCCGACCCGAAUUAGACAUCCCUGACCCUGAUCACGAAGAUCCAACGGUCAACGACGAAGAUGGGUGCAAGACUCCAACAUCGUCCGAUCACAAGAUUCCGGAGGUGAAGUAUACGUUAUGUCCACCGGCUCCGAGAAAACCAAAACCGAACCGGUCUUCCGGUACGAAACGGAAAUUAACGCCGGUUAAUGUUGUUAACCGUAUACCGAUUGAUCUGAGCCGUGAGAUCGAGAUGUUCUUCGAGGAUUUGGACCGUAGGAUCAAGAAGUCACGGAAACAAUAAGAUUAUUGCCUUAAUUGAAUUGGAACUCAUGACCCCAUGGUAAUGAUCUUUCCCAAGAGCUCUCUAGUAUCAACCGACAAAUCUACCAAUAUUAGGUGCUUUAGAGUAGAUUUUGAAAUUUGGUUUGUAUUAAGGUGGUAAAGAGUGAAAUGUUCAAUAGAUUUACCUUAAAAUA